AUGUUAUCCUACGGGUAUAGAGUCGACCCCCCUCUCCUCGGCCACACAAUCAACACCAACCUAAGCGGCGCAUUCUGGGCAACGCAAGCAGCAGCACGACAAAUGGCACUGGCUCAGUCGCCACCGGGGGGUUCCAUUAUCGGGAUUAGUUCUAUCUCUGCGCUUGUUGGGGGUGGGCAGCAGACGCAUUAUACGCCCACGAAGGCGGGCGUGCUUAGUCUUAUGCAGUCGUGUGCGGUUGCGUUGGGCAAGUACGGUAUUAGAUGUAAUGCGCUGUUGCCGGGGACGAUCCGGACUCAGUUGAAUGAUGAGGAUAUGAGUGAUCCGGUGAAGAGGUCGUAUAUGGAGGGGAGGAUCCCGUUGGGGAGGUUGGGUCAGCCGCCGGAUUUGGCGGGGCCGGCGGUGUUUUUGGCGAGUGGGGAGUUGAGUGGUUAUGUGACUGGAGCGCAGAUACUGGUGGAUGGGGGGGCUUUUGUGAAUCUUCAGUAGAUAACGAUAUGAUUUGAUGAUGUUACUAUCUUUAUUGUGGAUAUACUUGCUCAUGGGGAUCGGUGUACAUACAUACAUGCAUGCAUAUAUGCUUCAAUAUAUGAUUUGAAUACGUAUUAACUUAGAGUUCAAUCCCAUAUGCCUUGAGGGCAACACCUCCCCAUACACCCUCCUUCUGCUCCUGUGACAAGCCCCUCUUCUCCAAAAUACCCUCCACCACACUCCUCCACCUUCUCCAGGCGACUGCACUGCCGCCUCCACCCACAUUACACACAGGCCAGUCAGACCCAAACAUGACUCUCUCCGGCCCGAACGCAUCAAAGACCACAUCCGUCCACAGCUGG